AUGGCUAUAAAAGACGUCUAUGGGUUUAGGCCAUGCUCAAAAGUGCUGGCACCGUUGGUCAUGGCAUCCACAUUCAAGCUAAUAAAGCCGGCACCACUCACCGAACGGGUGCGCUCCCGUGAGGGCUGCAUCUACAUGUAUCGAGGCAUGUGGAUAAUUGGCUGGUUGCCACCGAAGUCGGGCGUUUGGCGGUAUGUUUAUCUCAUCUGGACCUUUACGACCUUCUUCUUUGGGGUCUUCUAUCUGCCGGUGGCAUUUGUCAUCAGCUAUGUGCGCGAGUUCAAGAACUUUGCGCCCAGCGAGUUUUUCACCUCUUUGCAGGUGGCCAUCAAUGUGUAUGGCGCGUCGGCCAAGUCCCUGAUCACCUACAGUUUUCUGUGGCGGCUGAGCAAGACGGAGACCUUGCUGGACAGACUGGACGAGCGUUUGCUGAACGACGAGGACCGCCAGAAGAUACACAAUGUGGUGGCUCGCUGCAAUUACGCCUUUCUGAUCUACAGCUUUAUCUACUGCGGCUUUGCGGGCUCCACAUUCCUGUCCAUGGUGCUGAGCGGCAGUCCGCCGUGGGCCAUUUACAAUCCGUUUCUGGACUGGCGCGACGGCAUGUUCAGCUUGUGGGCGCAGUCGAUAUUUGAGUAUAUUACCAUGUCCUUUGCGGUGCUGCAGGAUCAGUUGUCCGACACCUACCCGCUGAUGUUCACGCUCAUCUUUCGCGCCCACUUGGAGGUGCUCAAGGAUCACAUUCGAAAUUUGCGCAUGGAUCCCAGCAAGAGUGAAAAGGAGAACUACGAAGACCUGGUCAACUGCAUAAUGGAUCACAAACUCAUCAUUAGAUGCUGCAACUUGAUUCGCCCAAUCAUAUUUCGCACCAUAUUUGUGCAGUUUCUGCUCAUUGGCUUGGUGCUCGGCCUCACGCUGAUCAACAUAUUCUUCUUCUCGAACUUCUGGCAAGCCGUUGGCUCCAUUUUGUUUGUCAUCACCAUACUGCUGCAGACGUUCCCCUUUUGCUACACCUGCAAUUUGCUGAUUGACGACAGCGAGGACUUGGCCAACACGAUUUUCCAGUCCAACUGGACCGACAGCGAGCCGCGCUAUAAAUCGACCUUAGUCAACUUUAUGCAUCACGUACAGCAGCCCAUUAUCUUCAUAGCAGGCGGCAUAUUCCCCAUCUCAAUGAACAGCAACAUAAGUGUGGCCAAGUUUGCAUUCAGCAUUAUUACCAUAGUGCGGCAAAUGAAUCUGGCAGAUCAGUUCCAGUAGAAGGCUAAAGGCUAAAGGCAAAGCGGAUCGACUCUGCCCCACUGUGCAUUGGCAGCACUUUAGGGCUUAUCCUCUCUUGUAUUAACGUAAAUUUUCAUCUUUAUUUAUUGCACCCUUAAACGAGUCUGGCGCGUGCCAAGUGCUCGUCUGCAAUUGCCUCUAAUACGAGCUCCCCCUAGUAAAAAAUGUAAACCAGAGUAAUAGACAAGCACACACACACACACAGACACACUCAGGCCCCUCUGGAUUCGACAUUGUUUGUGGCUGGCAUUUGCAUAGAAUUUGUAUAUGUUAUAGUUUAUCUUAUAAGAUUUAGCUGAUUUAGUUGUGCUCUGCAAUUGCGAGGCCCGAAAUGGUAAUGGAAAUGAAAAACCACAA